AUGGAUAAGAUUAAAGAAAAAUUAACUAAUUUAAAAUUAGAAGCUGAAACUUGGCAAGAAAAAUAUGAAGAUUUAAAGGAAUCUAAUAAGACAGUUGAACAAGAGUUAACCGACAAAGAAAAUCAAAUUAAAUCUUUAACUGUUAAGAAUCAACAAUUGGAAGAUGAAAUUGAAAAAUUGGAAUCUAAUGUCGACGAUAAUAAAGGUUUGGAACAAGAUGUUACCGACAAAGAAAAUUUAGUUAAAUCUUUGACCGUUAAAAAUCAACAAUUGGAAGAACAAGUUGAAAAAUUGGAAGACGAAUUAAAUGAAUUGAAACAAUUGAACGAUGAAUCUUCUAAUUUGAAGACUAAUAAUGAAAGUUAUUCAAAGAAAAAUCAACAAUUAGAAGAAGAAUUAGAAGAAAAUGAUGAAAAAUUAAAAGAAACUACUGAUAAAUUAAGAGAUUCUGAUUUGAAAUUAGAACAAUUAGAGAAGAAAUUAAUUGCAUUACAAGAUGAAAACGCUAAAUUAGAAGAAAAGAAUGAAGAAUUAGGUGAAUUAUAUACUCAAUCAAAGAAAGAAUUGGAUGAAAUUGCUGAAUCAUUAGAAAACUUAUAA